CCCAUUCGCAUCCGUCUUCAGCUGGUAAACAUACAACACCAAUACGUCUCCUUGGAUCUGCUCCUCAUCAGUAAUCGUCGGGUAGGGCCAUGAGCGGCGCAUAUGUAUACGCAAGGUCGGGAUACUCACAUCCAUCAAACAGAAGCUGGGUACGGGUUCUUCGCCUUCUGGCCAGUAACCCGUGCUCAUAGCACCUGUGGCACUUCCAGGAUUCACAAAGAACCUGCCUUCCAUUUCAAAGGCUUCGAACCGAUGUGUGCCUCCCCACAGCAAGAUAUCUACGUCCAUUUGGCGGGCCGCGAUCAGGAGGGCAUCGGCAUCGCCCGGCGGAAUGAUGGUAUGGCCAUGAGUAAAGCCAAUGCGGAGGCUACCACGACGCAGCGCUUGAGCCUGAUCUCCAGACAUCUGGAUCAGCGUCUCCCGCUGCCUGAGCUUAACACUCCCUUCUCGACCGAGAGACAUUCACUCCAACCCGACGAUCUCGAAUAUAAGCCUCUUGAUCGCACCUCUCUACCUUCCACGCCUCAGACACAAUCCACUUCCUCGGCUGCCAGAAUGUCGUCCCAAGCCCCUCACUCCACCCUGUUGAUUCCAGGACCCAUCGAGUUCGAUGAUGCUGUCCUUCAGUCUAUGUCCCACUAUGCUGAAAGCCAUGUCAGCCCCGCCUUCGUCAAGGUCUUUGGGGAGACCUUGACCCUGGUUCGGAAACUCUUCCAGUCCACCAACCCCUCUGCACAGCCAUUCGUCAUUUCCGGCAGUGGCACACUCGGCUGGGAUGUUGUGGCUUCGAACUUGAUCGAGAAGGGCGAGAAUGCGCUCGUCCUGCACACCGGAUACUUUGCCGAUUCCUUUGCUGCCUGCUUGGAGACAUACGGCGCACACGCGACACAGCUCAAGGCACCUAUUGGCGACCGUCCGUCCUUUGAGCAGAUCGAGCAAUCAUUGAAGGAAAAGCCCUACAAGAUAAUCACUAUUACCCAUGUUGAUACCUCGACCGGCGUGCUCAGCGACAUCAAGCGCGUCACGGAGAUUGUUCGCCGGGUCAGCCCCGACACCCUGGUGGUUGUCGAUGGAGUUUGCAGUGUCGGAUGCGAGGAGAUUGCCUUUGAUGAUUGGGACCUGGAUGUGGUCCUGACUGCCAGUCAGAAGGCGAUCGGCUGCCCUCCCGGUCUCAGUAUCUUGAUGCUCUCCGGCCGGGCCAUCGACCGUUUCAAGUCCCGCAAGACCCCUCCCUCAUCGUACUUUGCCUCAAUCGCCAACUGGAUGCCAAUCAUGCAAAACUACGAGAACAACAAGCCUUCCUACUUCGCCACUCCCCCACUCAGCUUGUUCACGCUUUGCACACUUCUCUACCGCGUCAAGGCUGCCAUUGCCGAGCUCGGUCUGCGUCAAUUGGCCUCCCAGCCGGAGAGCCAGGCUCACGCCAUGACGGCCAUCUACCUACCCGACGGCCUGACUCCUGCAGACGUGCUUCCCGGUCUGUUGAAGCGUGGUGUCAUCUUCGCAGCCGGCCUGCACAAGGAGGUCGCCACCAGGUACAUCCGAUUCGGACACAUGGGUGUGAGUGUGACAGACCCUGCGCGCAACGAUAUUGACAAGGCUAUCGCGGCGCUCAAGGAAGCCCUCACAGAGGCUAAACAGGCUAAGGGCUUGUAA